AUGUCCGCGUCCGAAUACACCUUGCUGUGUAAUUUCCACAAGUGCCGGGUGAAACUGAGUGGGUUUGCGUGGGUCACUGCCUGCUCUCAUGUAUUCUGUGAUCAACACGGUUCGGACGAGUUCAGCCGCACACCUGCCAUCUGCCCUGCAUGUUCAUCAGUGCUCUCGGGUAAACUUGACGUGCUGCGAACCGAACUGGUCCCAUCAGAGCAGUACAAGUCCAUGGUUUUGGUCGGACUGCCGCCUGAAACCAUUCUAGAUAUCAGUCAUAAAGCACUGACGUUCUGGACCUACCAGGUAAACCAAGAGAGGUUGCUUAUGGAAUUCAAUCUGUCCAGAGCUGGGGGACAAGUGGUUCAAAUGGAGAAGUUUUUGACCCAGCAGAACCAAAGUAGAGAACUUGAGUUAAAUGCAUUAAAAGGGGAGAUUGCAUCACUAAAGAAGAUGCUGGAGGAAUAUAAGCAGAAGUACAGAGAGGUUUUGGACCGUCUGAAUGAACGAAACAGACAAUACCAGAAGUUACAGGGACUUUUCGAGUCAAUGCAGAUGCACACUCUGGGGACGGGUGAGAAAGACACCAUGUCCCACCCUUUUACUACAGGGUUGGUGAAACAGUGCUCUCUCCAUAACAGCCCCUCUUUCCUGGGACAAGAGGGUAACAGGUUUUUCUCACUGGGGCCAGAAAACGCUAAAACAUUCUUCCAGUUCAACUCACCAGCCUGGGACAGAACCCACCCUUUCAUUAAGAAAAACUGACUUGGUUGCUUGUCUUUAAUGCUGACUGUUUAACCGGGAUAU